CAGAAAGGGUGGAGCUUAGGCAUGUUUGGGCGGAGCUAUUCUUCAUGUUGGGCAGUGUCGAGAGAUGAAAACCGGGAGCUUCCCAAAGCACAGACCAGCUUUUUCAUCUCCCAGGGGAUUUUACUGAAGUCACUUGGCCGAGUUCAGGUGUCACAAUGUCACAAGAGAUCAGCACUGAAGAAAUGGAGGAGAUCAGAGAGAGCUUCCAAAAACUAGACAUGGAUGGCAAUGGGUACAUCUGCGCCUCUGAACUUGGUGAUCUCUUCCGUGAUCUCAAUUGUCCCGUACCGGGCUACAGAAUUCGUGAAAUCAUACAGAAACUUGACCGGGACAAAGACAGCAACAUCAGUCUUGAAGAGUUCACCGCUGUUUUUAGGGACUUGAAGGACGACCGCAUCGCUCAAGGAUUCAGAAAAGCCCUCAACAAAAAGGAAGGCAUUGUCGCCAUUGGGGGCACCAGUGAAAUCUCUAGUGAAGGAACUCAACAUUCAAUCUCUGAACAGGAGCGCUAUGCCUUUGCCAACUACAUCAACUCCAUUUUGGAGAAUGAUCCAGACUGCAAACACGUGCUGCCCAUCAACCCAAACACCGGCGCUCUUUUCAGAGCGCUUGCAGACGGCAUUGUACUAUGCAAACUCAUCAAUCAAUCCGUUCCUGAGACUAUUGAUGAGAGAACUAUAAACACAAGAAAACUCACUGCAUUCACUACACAGGAAAAUCUGAAUUUGGCUCUGAACUCAGCUUCAGCUAUUGGUUGCCAAGUUGUCAACAUAGGAGCUCAAGAUCUAAAGGAGGGAAAACCUCAUCUAGUCCUUGGGCUCCUUUGGCAAAUCAUAAAGAUUGGACUUUUUGCAGAUAUCGAGCUGAGCCGUAAUGAAGCGAUUGCUGCGCUUCUGGACGAAGGGGAGGGUCUGGAGGAGUUGAUGAAACUUAGCCCAGAGGAGUUGUUGCUGCGCUGGGCCAAUUUUCACCUGAAGAAAGUUGGCAUAACCUUGACAAACUUUUCAGGGGAUAUUAAGGAUUCCAGGGCUUAUUUCCAUUUACUGGAGCAGAUUGCGCCAGACGGCAGCAAAGAGGGCGUUGAUCGAGUCGAAAUUGAUAUGACUGGACUCUAUGAGAAAGAUCUCACAAAGAGAGCGGAGUAUAUGCUGGAACAAGCUGACCUGCUUGGCGCUCGACAGUUUGUGACAGCUACUGAUGUCGUAUGUGGAAAUGCAAAACUCAACAUGGCCUUUGUGGCUACGCUCUUCAACAAACACCCGGACCUCACUAAACCAGAGAACCAGGACUGGAAUCUUGAGAGUGAGACCAGAGAGGAGAGAACAUUCAGGAAUUGGAUGAACUCUUUAGGAGUCUCUCCACGUGUUAACCACAUCUAUGGCGAUCUGCAAGAUGCCAUGGCUAUCCUCCAACUUUAUGAAAAAAGUAAGGUGCAAGUGGAUUGGGACAGUAAAGUUAACAUGCCUCCGUUCAAGGCAGUAGGAGGAGGCCAUUUGAAAAAGAUAGAAAACUGUAACUAUGCUGUGGAGCUUGGAAAGAAUGCAGCUGGUUUCUCCCUAGUGGGAAUAGCAGGACAGGACCUCUAUGACGGAAAUUCAAAACUCACCCUUGCGUUGGUGUGGCAACUGAUGAGAAGGUACACAUUAAAUCUUCUCGAAGACCUCGGCGAUGGAGAAGUGGCAGGAGAGGAUUUAAUAAUCGCAUGGGUGAACAAAACUUUGUCUGAGGCUGGAAAGACUUCUUCCAUCAAAAGCUUUAAGGACAAAUCACUCAAUACAAGUAUUCCAGUUUUGGACCUAAUCGAUGCUAUCCAACCAGGGAGUGUGAACUUUGAAUUGGUUCAAAAAGAUAAGACUGAUGCCGACAAACUUAAGAAUGCCAAGUAUGCCAUUUCCAUGGCAAGGAAGAUCGGAGCCAAGGUUUAUGCCCUGCCUGAGGACUUAGUCGAGAUCAACCCAAAAAUGGUGAUGACUAUCUUUGCCUGCCUCAUGGGAAGAGGCAUGAAGAAGGUGUGACGGAGGGACUGAUACUUUUCCGGUUGUACUGCUGUGGUCAUUAUGUGGAAGUCAGAUGGGUACAUGGUGUCAAUUUAGCAGCUUUGUUUUUUCAUAUGCAAAUCUUUUUAUUUGGGGGCAACAAAGUGGCUGAGUUGUCAGCGGGGUUAUGACACAACUCGACAUUAUUGUAACCUACAGCUCUGUCCAGUGCAUGCUGGGGAUUGCCCUGACCUGACUGUGUGUAGGCAACACCCUGUUUAGAAAUUGAAAUUAUUUAAAGGCCUUGUUUGUUGUAAUACUUACAACAUAUUGUAAAUGGGAAUCACUGACACUGAUUUUUUUUUUUCUAUUUUAUGGCUAACCAAGAUAGGCUGUGUUUUAAUCAAACAAAACAGAAACAUGAAAGAUUAAUUAUUGCAGAUGGUGUUUAAUGUAAUCCUAACACCAGAUCUGCUUCUAAAUGACUUGGAUAAGUUAUUUGAAUCUUCUUCAUACUUCAGUGGAAACAAUGGAUGUUCAGAUAUUUGUUUUGGAUUGAUUGACUCACCUACUUUAAAGCCCUGCCAAUAAUUUAAAAUCUUGCAAUUAAAAAAAACUGGU